AUGGCGUUAGACCUAGAAAAUAGCAAUUCAAAUUUGAAUAAUUCAAAUAAAUCAGAUCACGAUGACCCAGCUGUUGUUUCGCCAAGUAUGAAAUCAUUUUGUUCUUCCGACAGUCCAAUUGUGAGGGCAAUGACAGUUCCCUUGGAUAAAAUGCCAACUGGUUUGUCUGGUGAUUUCAAUAUCGAUGAUGAUAUUGUUGAUGUACCAUUUGAUGCAUUGAAUUCAAAUUCUAGUGAUUAUGAAAAAUUCGGAACUGAUGAUAAUAAUAAUAUCGUUAUUUUGAACAAAAAUAUGGAACCAGAAAUUUCUAAUGACACUACGAAUGAAAAUGGUGAUGAUAAUAAUGGGAAUAACAAAAAUUAUAAUGGUGAUAGCAACAACAAUGAUGAUGUAUUAAACGAGAAGAAUAAAAAUGGAUUGCAAUCAGAUUCUAAUUCAUUAUCUAAUUCAAAUUCAAACUCACCAAUUGACCAAGAGUUGCCCUAUACAAGUUUCACAAAGGGUCAAGUUACUACAAUAUUUGCAAUAAUCAUAUUUAUAGGAUUUUUAGGCCCUAUGUCAGGUAAUAUUUAUAUUCCUGCAUUACCUACAUUACAAAAAGCUUUUAAUGUGUCAACCACUACCAUCAAUUCAACUGUGUCAGUCUUCAUGGCGGUAUUCGCUAUUGGUCCUCUGAUUUGGGGUCAUUUUGCUGAUAUAUGUGGUAGAAAAUGGUUAUAUUUAUGUUCAUUGCUUCUAAUGACUAUUGUUAAUAUCUUGUUAGCUUCAUUGCCAGCAAAGAUAGGUCUUCUUUACUUCCUACGUAUCUUUCAAGCUUUCUCUUCUAGUUCAGUGAUGUCAAUGGGUGCAGGCACGGUUACUGAUAUAACAGCACCAAAACAUAGAGGCAAAGCUAUUGCCUAUUUUAUGAUGGGGCCAAAUAUGGGACCUAUUGUGGCACCUAUCAUUGCUGGAGUUAUCCUAAUAAAUGAUAAUUGGAGAUGGCUAUUUGGCUUUACCUCAAUCAUGUCAGGUGUCGCAUUUUUCCUGGUCUUGGUAUUCUUACCAGAAACUUUAAGAUGCAUGGUAGGAAAUGGUGAUAAAAGAUGGAUCAAACAUAAGAAUAAUAAUAAUAAUCAAUAUAAAAAUGAAAAAAUGGCUAUGAAGGAUAAUAAAUCGGAUUUAAGUGCAAUUGAAAGUCAAACUAUUCAAAAGGACUCAAAUUGGCAAUUUUUCUCUAAUAUUGGCAUACAAAAACCUGUAACUGAUGAUCCAACAUUUCAAAAACUAUAUCCAAGACCUCAGAAGGCUGGUAUUCACACUUACUUCUCAUUACUGAAAUAUCCUCCCGUCUUAAUUACUUCAAUUGGCACUGCUUUGUUGUUUGCAAAUUAUUAUGCAUUUAGUGUCACCUUUUCAUAUUACCUUCAAACACAAUAUGGCUAUAGCAGCUUCAAAACUGGUUUAGCAUAUAUCUGCCCUGGUGUUGCUAUGCUAAUAGGUUCUCAAACUGGUGGUCAUCUUUCAGAUUAUAUAAGAGCACGAUGGAUAAAAACACAUGAAAAUAGAAGAUUCCCUUCAGAAUUCAGAUUAUAUCUACAAAUAUGGGGAAUCGUAAUCAAUACUGCUGGAUGCAUUGGAUAUGGUUGGACAAUUCAAAAACACAACAGUAUUAUUUGGUCGUAUGUUUUUGCAGCUAUGAAUGCAUUUGGUUUGACUUGGUGUAGUAAUACGACAAUGACAUACUUGACAGAACUACUGGCAAGGCGAGCAGCAACAGCUGUAGCAUUAAGUACAAUGUUCAGAAAUUCUGCUGCUGCAAUCAGUUCAGCAAUCAUAAUGACGUUAGCAGAUAAAAUGGGAGCUGGAUGGUGCUUCACAGGCUUAGCAUUCUUCAAUAUUAUCUCAUUGAUUGGUAUCGUAUAUCUAAUUUUCAAUGGAAACAGAUGGGAUGAUCCACCAAUUUGA